CUCUGUUUCUGUUUCAUCUUUAUCUUCUCGUACACUUUACAGUACUAUUCAUAACAAACUCUUCCCAUUUCCAUUUUUCUCUUCCUUAUAUAUCAAACCAUUUCUCUGUGGACAAACAACAAAACAAUGGCGACAAACAGCAAUGAAAUCGACCAUAGCUUACUUACACUGUCUCUAUCUUUUUCUCCGUCUCCCGUCGUAGCACCGCCACCUCCACCACCGCCGCCACCACCACCAUCUCGCCGUCCACGUAAACGAAAGCGCACAUUGAAAAGCGAAACGAUUCCGGCGCCUUAUCCAUGGGCGACUAAUCAUCGAGCGAAGAUUCACAGUCUUAAUGUGCUACGAUUGAAUCAGAUUUCAACGAUAACAGGUGAAGUUCAAUGCAGAAGAUGUGAGAGGAAAUACGAAAUAGGAUUUGAUUUGUGUGAUAAGUUUGCACAAGUAGGAAGCUUUAUUUCGGCAAAUAAAGAGUCUAUGCAUCAACGUGCACCGGAUAUUUGGAUGUCACCGAUUUAUCUGAAUUGCAAUUUUUGCGAACAAGAGAAUAGUGUGAAACCGAUCAUCUCAUCGAAAAAGAAAUCAAUUAAUUGGGCAUUUUUGCUAUUGGGUCAGUUUAUUGGAUUUUGUACGCUUGAUCAGCUCAAGUAUUUCUGCAAACAUAAUGAGAUCCACAGGACGGGUGCUAAGGAUCGUGUUCUUUAUCAAACCUAUUUGUGUCUUUGCAGACAGCUUGAUAAUACUGGCCCGUUUGACUACUAAAACUAUGAAAAAAGUGUCAUCAAUUUGGGAUGAAAAGAUGGGCUAGAUUUUAAAUGAAAAGGCUACAAGUUAAAUGGGAUUAUUAUUGCUAGGAUGAUUAAUAUUUAGCUUUAGUUGAACAAAAGUUUUAUG